GUGAGGGAGCAGAGAGCACAGCACCAUUCCACUCUGGCACACGCUUUGCUGGGAUUUAAUCUUGGGACCCCCCUCCCCAUAUGUUGCUUUCCUGCUAGGAUCUCCUUUGGACUAGGGAAUGAUUUUUUUUUUUUCCCUACCUGCUCCAUUGUGCUGACUGUUUUGAGUUACUUAUUAAAUGAAGAUAUAUUGCUAUUUCUCAACAGACUUGAAGCUUCAGGAUUUUCUGGUGGACAAUGAAACCUUCUCUGAAUUCCUGAAUUACAACCUCUCUUUGCCAAGACCUACUGUGGAUAAGAUACUGGAUGCUGAUGUCAAUCUCCGCAAGGUAUUUUUGCAAGGCUACCAGUUACAUUUGACUCAUCUCUGUAAUGGAUCAAAGUUUCAAGAGGUGAUUAAGCUUGCUGAUCAAGAGGUUUCCAGACUUUGUGACCUUCCACAGGAGAAGCUGGCGGCAGCAGAGCAAGCACUUCGAUCCAGUAUGGACAUCUUAAAGCCAAUUAUAGUGGGACUAAACUCUUCAUCUCCCGUACUGAGUGAUGGCUUGACUGAAGCCACAAAAUCUUUGCUGGAUAGUCUUGGGGCUCUUGCCCAAGAGCUGUUGAGCAUGAGGAGCUGGAGCGACAUGCGGCAGGAGGUGAUGUUCUUGAGCAAUGUGAAUAGUUCCGGCUCCUCCGCCCAGAUAUACCAGGCGGUGUCCCGCAUCGUCUGUGGCCAUCCUGAGGGUGGAGGCCUGAAGAUCAAGUCCCUCAACUGGUAUGAGGACCACAACUACAAAGCCCUGUUUGGGGGCAAUGGCACUGAGGACGACACUGGCACUGUCUAUGACAACUCUACAACUCCUUACUGCAAUGAUCUGAUGAAGAGUCUGGAGUCUAGUCCUCUUUCCCGCAUCAUAUGGAAAGCUCUGAAGCCUCUGCUUGUUGGGAAGAUUUUGUAUACACCUGACACGCCAAUCACAAGACAGGUUAUGGCUGAGGUGAACAAGACUUUCCAGGAACUGGCUGUGUUUUAUGAUCUGGAAGGCAUGUGGGAAGAAUUCAGUCCCAGGAUUUGGAGCUUUAUGGAGAGCAGCCCAGAAAUGGACCUUGUCCGGACACUGUUGGACAGCAAGGACAAUGAUCACUUUUGGCAACAGCGACUAGAAGGCUUAGAUUGGACAGCUAAAGAUAUCGCAGCAUUUCUAGCCAAGCACCCAGAUGAUGUCCAGUCCGAUAAUGGCUCUGUGUACACAUGGAGAGAAGCCUUCAAUGAGACUGACCAGGCAAUCCAGACCAUAUCUCACUUCAUGGAGUGUGUCAAUCUGAACAAACUUGAACCAAUAACAACAGAAGUCCGCCUCAUCAACAAGUCCAUGGAGCUGCUGGAUGAGAGGAAGUUCUGGGCAGGCAUUGUGUUCACUGGCAUUACUCCUGGGAGUGUCGAUCUGCCCCACCACGUCAAGUACAAGAUCCGAAUGGACAUCGACAACGUGGAGAGGACAAAUAAGAUCAAGGAUGAGUACUGGGACCCUGGUCCUCGAGCUGACCCCUUUGAGGAUAUGAGAUAUGUGUGGGGCGGCUUUGCUUACUUGCAGGAUGUACUGGAGCAAGCAGUCAUCAGGGUUCUUACAGGCACUGACAAGAAAACUGGCAUCUACAUGCAGCAAAUGCCGUACCCCUGCUAUGUGGAUGACAUCUUCCUGCGGGUGAUGAGCCGGUCCAUGCCGCUCUUCAUGACGCUUGCCUGGAUCUACUCUGUGGCCGUGAUCAUCAAGGGCAUCGUGUAUGAGAAGGAGGCACGGCUGAAGGAGACCAUGCGGAUUAUGGGCCUGGACAAUGGCAUCCUCUGGUUCAGCUGGUUCAUAAGCAGCCUCAUCCCUCUGCUUGUGAGCGCUGGCCUGCUGGUCGUUAUCCUGAAAGUAGGAAACCUGCUGCCCUACAGUGACCCGAGUGUGGUGUUUGUCUUCCUGUCAGUGUUUGCCAUGGUGACCAUCCUGCAGUGCUUCCUGAUCAGCACAAUCUUCUCCAGAGCAAACCUGGCAGCUGCCUGUGGGGGCAUCAUCUACUUCACACUCUACCUGCCCUAUGUCCUCUGUGUGGCCUGGCAGGACUAUGUGGGCUUCACACUCAAGAUCUUUGCAAGCCUGCUGUCCCCUGUGGCGUUUGGUUUUGGCUGUGAGUACUUCGCCCUCUUUGAAGAGCAGGGCAUUGGGGUACAGUGGGACAACCUCUUUGAGAGUCCUAUGCAGGAAGAUGGCUUCAACCUCACCACUUCCAUCUCCAUGAUGUUUUUUGACACCUUUCUCUACGGGGUGAUGACAUGGUACAUUGAGGCUGUCUUUCCAGGCCAGUAUGGAAUUCCCAGGCCUUGGUAUUUUCCUUGCACCAAGUCCUAUUGGUUCGGCGAGGAAAGUGAUGAGAAGAGCCAUCUUAGUUCCACGCACAAGGGUAUAACAGAAAUUUGCAUGGAAGAGGAACCCACACACCUGAAGCUGGGCGUGUCCAUUCAGAAUCUGAUAAAAGUUUACCAGGAUGGCAUGAAGGUGGCUGUGGAUGGCUUGGCCCUGAAUUUUUAUGAGGGCCAGAUUACCUCCUUCCUGGGCCAUAAUGGAGCUGGAAAGACCACUACCAUGUCAAUCCUCACUGGGCUGUUUCCUCCUACCUCUGGCACUGCCUACAUCCUGGGGAAAGACAUACGCUCUGAGAUGAACACCAUCCGGCAGAACCUGGGGGUCUGUCCUCAGCAUAACGUGCUGUUUGACAUGCUGACUGUUGAAGAACACAUCUGGUUCUAUGCCCGCCUGAAAGGGCUCUCAGAGAAGCAUGUGAGAGCAGAGGUGGAGCAAAUGGCCCUGGAAGUGGGUUUACCACCCAGCAAACUGAAAAGCAAAACAAGUCAGCUGUCAGGUGGAAUGCAGAGAAAGUUGUCUGUGGCCUUGGCCUUUGUGGGGGGAUCCAAGGUCGUUAUCCUGGAUGAGCCCACAGCUGGUGUGGACCCUUAUUCCCGCAGGGGAAUCUGGGAGUUGCUGCUGAAGUAUCGACAAGGCCGCACCAUUAUCCUGUCCACACACCACAUGGAUGAAGCAGACAUCCUGGGGGACAGAAUUGCCAUCAUUUCCCAUGGAAAGCUGUGCUGUGUGGGCUCUUCCCUGUUUCUGAAGAACCAGCUGGGAACAGGCUACUAUCUCACCUUGGUCAAGAAGGAUGUGGAGUCCUCUCUCAGUUCCUGCAGAAACAGCAGUAGCACCAUGUCCUACCUGAAGAAGGAAGACAGUGUUUCUCAGAGCAGUUCUGAUGCUGGCCUGGGCAGCGACCAUGAAAGUGACACGCUGACCAUCGAUGUCUCUGCUAUCUCUAACCUCAUCAGAAAGCAUGUGCCUGAGGCCCGUUUGGUGGAAGACAUUGGGCAUGAACUGACCUAUGUUCUGCCCUACGAAGCUGCCAAAGAAGGAGCCUUCGUGGAGCUCUUCCAUGAGAUUGAUGACCGGCUGUCAGAUCUGGGCAUCUCUAGUUAUGGAAUCUCAGAGACUACCUUGGAAGAAAUAUUUCUCAAAGUGGCUGAAGAGAGUGGGGUGGAUGCAGAGACUUCAGAUGGUACCUUGCCAGCACGACGAAACAGACGGACCUUCGGAGACAGGCAGAGCUGCCUUCACCCGUUCACUGAAGAUGACGCGAUUGACCCUAAUGAUUCUGACAUAGACCCAGAAUCUCGAGAGACUGACCUGCUGAGUGGGAUGGAUGGCAAAGGCUCGUACCAGGUGAAGGGCUGGAAACUCACACAGCAGCAGUUUGUGGCCCUUUUGUGGAAAAGGCUACUGAUUGCUAGACGGAGUCGGAAAGGAUUCUUUGCACAGAUUGUCCUGCCAGCUGUGUUCGUCUGCAUUGCCCUUGUGUUCAGCUUGAUUGUGCCACCCUUUGGCAAGUACCCCAGCCUGGAACUUCAGCCUUGGAUGUACAAUGAGCAAUACACAUUUGUCAGUAACGACGCCCCUGAGGAUAUGGCCACGCAGGAACUCCUGAAUGCUCUCACCAAAGACCCUGGCUUUGGGACUCGAUGUAUGGAAGGAAAUCCAAUCCCAGAUAUGCCCUGCUCGGUGGGGGAGGAGGAGUGGACCAUGGCCCCAGUUCCCCAGACCAUUAUGGACCUCUUCCAAAACGGGAACUGGACUCUGGAAAACCCAUCACCGACCUGCCAGUGCAGCAGUGAUAAAAUCAAGAAAAUGUUGCCCGUGUGUCCCCUGGGUGCAGGGGGCCUGCCUCCUCCACAGAGAAAACAGAACACUGCAGACAUCCUUCAGAACCUGACAGGAAGAAACAUUUCAGAUUACCUGGUGAAGACAUAUGUGCAGAUCAUAGCCAAAAGCUUAAAGAACAAAAUAUGGGUGAAUGAAUUUAGGUAUGGUGGAUUUUCUUUGGGUUCCAGUAAGUCCCAUUCAUUUGCUUCAAGUGAAGAAGUUAAUAAUGCCAUCAGUCAAAUCAAGAAACACCUGAAACUGGCUAAGGAUAGCUCUGCACAUCGAUUUCUCAGCAGCUUGGGAAGGUUCAUGACAGGACUGGAUACGAAAAAUAACGUCAAGGUGUGGUUCAAUAAUAAGGGCUGGCAUGCCAUCAGCUCCUUCUUGAAUGUCAUCAACAAUGCUAUUCUCCGUGCCAACCUGCAGAAGGGAGAAAAUCCGACUCAGUAUGGGAUCACUGCCAUCAAUCACCCUCUGAAUCUUACCAAGCAGCAGCUCUCUGAGGUGGCUCUGAUGACCACAUCUGUGGAUGUCCUCGUGUCCAUCUGUGUCAUCUUUGCAAUGUCCUUCGUCCCUGCCAGUUUUGUUGUGUUCUUGAUCCAGGAGCGAGUCAGCAAAGCAAAACACCUGCAGUUCAUCAGUGGUGUGAAGCCUGUCAUCUACUGGCUCUCCAAUUUUGUCUGGGAUAUGUGUAACUAUGUGGUCCCUGCCACGCUGGUCACUGUCAUCUUCAUCUGCUUCCAGCAGAAGUCCUAUGUGUCUUCCACCAACCUGCCCGUGCUCGCCCUCUUACUUCUGCUCUAUGGGUGGUCCAUCACACCUCUCAUGUAUCCAGCCUCCUUUGUGUUCAAGAUCCCCAGCACAGCCUAUGUGGUCCUCACCAGUGUGAACCUCUUCAUUGGGAUCAAUGGCAGCGUAGCUACUUUUGUGCUGGAACUGUUCACCAACAAUAAACUGAAUACCAUCAAUGACAUCCUGAAGUCUGUAUUCUUAAUCUUUCCACAUUUUUGCCUGGGGCGAGGCCUUAUUGACAUGGUGAAGAAUCAGGCAAUGGCAGAUGCCUUGGAAAGGUUUGGGGAGAAUCGCUUUGUGUCACCACUGUCUUGGGACUUGGUGGGGCGAAACCUCUUUGCUAUGGCUGUGGAAGGGGUGGUGUUCUUCCUCAUCACUGUGUUGAUCCAGUACAGAUUCUUCAUCAAGCCCAGACCUGUAAAUGCAAAAUUUCAUCCCCUGAAUGAUGAGGAUGAAGAUGUCAGACGGGAAAGACAGAGAAUUCUGGAUGGUGGAGGACAGAAUGAUAUCUUGGAAAUCAAGGAGUUGACUAAGAUAUAUAGAAGGAAGAGGAAGCCUGCUGUUGACAGGAUUUGUGUUGGUAUUCCUCCUGGUGAGUGCUUUGGGCUUCUGGGAGUUAAUGGGGCUGGUAAAUCAUCAACUUUCAAGAUGUUAACUGGAGAUACCUCUGUUACGAAAGGAGAUGCUUUUCUUAACAAAAAUAGCAUUUUAUCAAACAUCCAUGAAGUACACCAGAACAUGGGCUAUUGCCCUCAGUUUGAUGCUAUCACGGAACUACUGACCGGGAGAGAACAUGUGGAAUUCUUUGCCCUUUUGAGAGGAGUCCCAGAAAAAGAAGUUGGCAAGGUCGGUGAGUGGGCCAUUCGGAAGUUGGGCCUGGUGAAGUAUGGAGAAAAGUAUGCUGGUAACUACAGUGGCGGCAACAAACGCAAGCUCUCCACAGCCAUGGCUUUGAUUGGAGGCCCUCCAGUGGUAUUUCUGGACGAGCCCACAACCGGCAUGGAUCCCAAGGCCCGGCGAUUCCUGUGGAAUUGCGCCCUGAGUAUUGUCAAGGAGGGGAGAUCCGUGGUGCUUACCUCUCACAGUAUGGAAGAAUGUGAAGCUCUCUGCACUAGGAUGGCAAUCAUGGUCAACGGGAGGUUCAGGUGUCUUGGCAGUGUCCAGCAUCUGAAAAAUAGGUUUGGAGAUGGUUAUACAAUAGUUGUACGAAUAGCAGGAUCCAACCCUGACCUGAAGCCUGUCCAGGAGUUCUUUGGACUUGCCUUUCCGGGAAGCGUCUUGAAAGAGAAGCACCGAAACAUGCUACAAUACCAGCUUCCAUCCUCCUUGUCCUCCCUGGCCCGGAUAUUCAGCAUCCUUUCCCAGAGUAAAAAGAGACUUCACAUAGAAGACUACUCUGUGUCUCAAACAACACUUGACCAAGUAUUUGUAAACUUUGCCAAGGACCAAAGUGAUGAUGACCACUUAAAGGACCUGUCAUUACACAAAAAUCAGACAGUAGUGGAUGUCACAGUUCUCACAUCUUUUCUACAGGAUGAUAAAGUGAAAGAAAGUUACGUAUGAAGAAAUCUUGGUCAUGCAGCUGACUGAGAGAAAUGAGGAGCUUUGCCGUCCUUGGCGCCUCAGCUGUGUUUCUGAGGAGAGAGCUGGAAGCUUUGUGGGAAGACGUAAACUGGAUACUGUACUGUUAUUACUCAAUGCAAUGCAAUUCAAUGCAAUGAAAACAAAAUUCCAUUACAGGGGCAGUGCCUUUGAAGCCUCUAUCUUGUAUGGCUCUCAAGUGAAAAAGACUUGAAUUUAGUUUUAUUACCUUAUACCUAUGUGAAACUCUAAUAUGGAGCCCUGCGGACAUAUGGGUUUGAAAUCAUACUUUUUUUUUUCCCCUUUGUAUUCUCACUGGGGUUGCAGCAAGUCACCAAGUAAUCAUGGCCAGUGAUUAUCAGAAUCAGAAAGUGUACACAUCCUUAUUCAUUUUUUGUGCCAUGCCAGGAGACUGGCUUCCCAGUGACACGUUUAUUGUUGGCAAAGAAUGCAUCAAAAUUACCAGUGCCAAGUUUCUCAGAAAGCCUGAAGCAAUCAGGUGUGUCAUACACACUUUCGUGAAAGCUCUUCUGCUUACAAAAUAUCAACAUCGUCCAAUAUCAGGUGACAAAGUGGUGCCAACGUGUACGGGGGGGGAAAAAUUAUCUUUGACAUCUCCUUCAUUCAGCUGUUCUGGUGGUAAUAGUUAAAAAAAAAAUACAGGUAUUUCUAGAUAAAUGAGAGUUGGUUCCACUGUCCUUCUGUUGAAGCCAUGGAUCUCCAGGGCCAUCUCACUCUAGUCAGUCUUUAAAUGUACUUAGAUCCUGGUCAGAAGCGAAGAGUCAGCAGCUCACGUGUUGGGUCUACUAGCUGCUCAAGUGAAGCCAUGGACUUAGAGAUAAUUUACAGAGGGAGGCCUGUAUCUAUUUGUGGUCACUGUCUACUAGCCUGCUACACUGCAUCUCAGGAUCUUGCCUGACACAAAUGUCGUAUUAUUUCUGGCUUUUUAAAAAAUCAAUCUAGAAUGUGAAAAGAUGGAGCUGUAUUUUGACAAAAAUCUUUUUUUUUCAGUUUUAAUAUUAUUUGGAAAUUUAAGUUCUGUCAGUGAAUUCUGAAAUUUCGGGAUGAUUUCUUUGUAAAGACCCUCUGGCAUAGAGGAGUGUUACUGUUACUGCCCUGCUUAUUUUCUCAUGGAAGACUUCAGGAUUGUCUAGUACUGAGGAACUAAAAAUAAUGUGGUGGUCAGGAUCUCCUGAUAGCGUUAUAUUUGAGUUGAGAUUACUUAAAAUGCUCGUAUUCUCAGUUCAUUAAUCAAGUGUUUCUGAGUGUGUGUUAUAGCUAAAUGAGUGUGUGUGAUGUAGGAGCUAUUGAGAAGUCUCAGUAGAUUUCCUAGGCCGUUUUAUCCGGCUAACUUGGUUUACAAGUCACGUUUGUUUUGCCGGAGUGGCUGUGGGAGCCACAUUGAAAGAAUAUCGGACAACCCACUUUCUGAAAAAUAGCAGCAAUGCAAAAGCCAAGAAUAUUUAUGUGUCAAAAGGGUCCUAAAGAAUUCACAGUGAAUUCUUUCACAGAGAAGACAGCUAGCUUCAAAUUUUAACACCACUGGCACUUACUGCCUUUAGUACUUUCAGGUAAUUAGCUUUGAACACCUUAACAUUCAAUUCUGAGGCUCUCAGAUUUUUCAUUUCCUUAGUCACUAGUCUAUCAUUCAAAAAAAAAAAAAGGGCAGACAUCCUCAUCUAAAGCAUACUUUAGCAUUGUAUAACCCAGUUUCAGCCCAUUAAUAACUAAACACUUUAACAUAUUUCUCUAUGGUUUAAUGCAUGUGUCUUGAAAAUAAAAUGGGAGAAAAUCAGUGUUUGGUGAUGUUCAAGUAAUAAUAUCAUGCCUCUUUUUCUAAAGUUUCAAUAGUAACUAUUAGCUGCAAAGAUACGUUUUAAAACUUGUUUAUAUUAAUCUGCACUUUUUCUUUUAAGUUUUUAGAUUGUUACAUGUAAUUCACCACUUUGGAAAGGCAACUGUCUGAGAAAUUAAUGCCAGUACUGGUUGAUAAAAUAAGGGCAUAUUUCCAGUUACUAUUGGCGUUCUAUUUUAUUACUUUCACUAUCUCUAAUGACAUAAACUUCAUAAAAUAGUUUCAUUUCCCCUCAUUUAAAAUUUUUCAAAAUUAACCUUCUGUUGGUUUCCCUGUAUCACUGGAACUGUUCUAAUGUUCAGUGAUAUGAAAACUGUAUGGCUUUUCCUGAUUUAACUACUCUAAUUUUAAGGCCAUAUUUUAAAACUCAUAAGAAUCUGUGAGCUAUUUUUAUAGACUUAAAAAGGAUCUGUUCUGAAGCUAAAAAUGACCUAAAGUUAUACAUGGACCUCAUUAAUAUUGUGCUACUUCCUUUUAGACUAAAUAAUAAUAAGCUAUAUAGUAGGUAAUUUUCAGGAACUCUUAUAUUCAAUCAAGUAAUAUUUUUCUAUAGUCCCUGUGGAAAUGUGGCUGUGAGUCUCAAAAAUUUUUCAGUGUUGAGAGAUAUCUGCUUUUGCUUCUCUUGCACACCUUGAAAACCUUCUUAACAACUGUGAAUAUGAAAAACAUAAAAGAAAACAAUAAUAAUAUAGCCCUCUAUACAGAACCAUCCAGCAUAGCUCAUUGCUUAAAAACAAACAACCAAACCUCAAACUACUGUAUUUCAGUAUCUGUACUGAGUGUAUGCAUUGUGACUUUCAAAUGUUGGACAUCAUUUACUGUAUUGCAAUCAUGAACUAAAGGGAUUCAUCUAUUUUCUUUUUGUGGUUGUAUAUAUCAGGUAAAUUUUUUCCAAAGAGCCAUGUAUCAUAAAAUAUUGAACCACUUUGAUAUUUCAAUAUUAAUUUGUACCCUUGUAACUGUUUGCUAGAAUUAUAGUAAUACUGCUCUAAUUCUUUUUAAGAUUGUUGCAUCCUUUUUUAUAGAAUGUUUAUAUUUCCAUAAGUAUUAAGUGUUCUAUUCUCUCUUCUUAUACCCCAGGAUAAAGUUAUGUUUUUGUGCUUUUUUUUCCCUUGUCAUUGGCUCUUCAUUCCAAGCACUUUAUGCUGUCUCUCAUGGUUAUCUAUUUUUGCACUGGAAUAUCUGAGAAUUGCAAAACUAGACAAAAGUUUCACAACAGAUUUCUAAGUUAAAUCAUUUUCAUUAAAAGGAGAAAAAGAAAAAAAAUGUAUUGUCAAUAACUUUAUAUGGAAUAUUAAACAGGCAUAUUUCUAUGUUGUAAUGAGUCACAAAAUAAAGCUGUGACGUGACGGUUCUUUUGGUCUAUGUAA